AUGCGACUGUUUAACAAUGUUGCAGAUCGUAGGUAUGAUUUGCCAUCGUCUGGGUCUAUGGGUUGUAUAGUAACUGGUGAUGACACAAUCUCUACAACAUAUGACAUCAUUAUCCAUUCGCAAUCGGAUCGGCCUCAACUUAUUAAAAUAACUCGCUACAUGGAUACACAUAUGCAAGGAGAUGUGCACAGCAGAGCUGAUAUCAUUGCUAGAGUCUUCAACAUCAAGGUUCAUGAGUUUGUUCGGUUUCUAAAACAGGACAAAACAUUUGGCGAGGUUGAAGCAUAUAUCAAUCAUAAUAAUCAUCAUUUCCAAAUCUACCCCUUUGUAGAUAUGUUACCAUCUGUAUUUCCAAUUUUAGAACAAAUGAAAUCGAAUUUUUCUGUUAUGCCCAUGGCCAUCCACAAUGGUAUAUCGAUGUUACAUGCGAUUUCUAACUAUUUGUACACUAUCGAAUUCCAGAAGAGAGGUCUUCCGCAUUGUCAUACUUUACUUUGGGUAAACAGUUCAGAUAGAAUAAAAAAUCCAAUUGAUAUUGACAGAUAUAUUACAGCAGAGUUGUCGGAUCCAAUUAACGAGGCAGAAUUGUACGAGACGAUAACAAGUUGCAUGAUUCAUGGCCCGUGUGGACCGCUUAAUGAAAAGGCUCCAUGUAUGAGGGAUGGUAAAUGUACUAAACAUUUCCCUCGACACUUUGUUGACAGUACAUUCUUUGACAGAGAGGGAUAUGUACGGUACAAACGUAGCGCAUAUGCACAUCAUACUACCCGAUAUGGACAGGUUGUAGACAAUGGCUAUGUGGUGCCCUACAAUAAAAGGCUUUGUUCCCGUUUCCGUGCACACAUCAAUGUUGAAUACUGUGGUUGGAAUAUGUUGAUUAAGUACCUGUUCAAAUAUAUUUCCAAAGGAGCUGAUCGCAUAAGAUACACUCUCCAAAAGGCAGAAUCAACCAACCAGUCAUCUACAGCGCUGCCCACUACUAGCCAUAACAGACCCGAAAAUGAAGAUAUAUGUGUUGUAAACGAGGUACAAAACUUUUUGGAUGGGCGCUACAUAUGCCCACAUGAAGCAGCAUGGCGGAUUUUAGACUUUCGUAUACAUCAGUGCCAUCCAGUUGUACAGAUUCUAACUGUACAUGAGGAAAACAUGCAACAAUGGAUGUUCAAUGAAGAAAACACAAUACCUGAAGUACUAUCAAAUCCGAAUAGUAGUAUUACCACCCUACUUGCGUGGUUUGAAAGUAACGCAAGAGAUGCAAAAGGUCAUGAUUUGACAUACCUGGAUUAUCCAAAAUCUUACAAAUGGGAAAAGUCAUCUAAGUCAUGGAGCCGAAGAAUUUAUGAGUCAUCAAAAACAGUAGGUCGGCUUGUAUUCGUACAUCCUACAUCCGACGAAUUAUUUUACUUACGGAUGCUACUCUGCCACCAAAAGGGAUGUACAUCAUUUCAAGAUUUGCGCACCGUACGAGGUACCAUUUACCCAAACUUCUGGGCCACUUGCAAUGCACUUGGAUUGAUAGGGGAUGAUAUUGAAUGGCUUACCUGUUUCACAGAAGCUUCCAUCUGGGCAACUGCAUCACAGCUACGAUCCCUUUUCUGCCACCUAUUGCUUUUCUGUGAGGUCAGCAAUCCACGUUUACUAUGGGACAGUGCAUGUGAUAAGAUGAAAGAUGAUUAUCUACAUACCUUGAAACUCCAAAUACCAGAUAAGAAUGUUGCUUCAGCUGCUGACAUAAUUGAACAACAGUUGCUUCAUGAUUUAGAUAACAUCCUCUGUUCUGCUGUUCCAUCUAAAUCAAUGGGAGACUUUGGCCUUCCCGUUCCUUCAGCUGAUGUCAUUGGUAUUUUACGAAAUCGUCUUCUACUGGAAGAAUUGAGCUACGACAGGGAAGGGCUGAUGAAAGAGCACAAUGAGCUGGUGCCAAAAUUAAACAGUGACCAAAGAUCAGUCUAUAAUACAGUCGGCAGUUCCAUAGAAAACAAAAAACAAAUACUGAUGUUUGUUUAUGGACAUGGGGGUACCGGCAAGACAUUCCUAUGGACAACCAUUCUUUCUUAUUUCAGAUCCAUAGGAAAGAUUGUAUUGGCUGUUGCUGCUUCUGGAAUUGCGUCACUUUUGCUACCUUCUGGAACAACAACACAUUCAAGAUUCAAGAUACCUAUCGACUUAACAGACAAAAAAUCAUGUGAUAUUAAAAAACGCUCCUUCCUUGGAGAACUUAUGCAACGUACAACACUCAUUAUUUGGGAUGAAGCACCAAUGAGUGAUAGAAGGUGCUUUGAAUUUUUAGACCGCUCACUUAGAGAUGUGCUAGAUUGUGAUCAACAACCAUUUGGAGGGAUAUCGAUGCUUCUUGGUGGUGAUUUCCGCCAGACUCUUCCCGUUGUACCAAAAAGCACGCGUUCGGAAAUCAUUGCACUAACUUUACCGAGUUCAUACUUAUGGCCAUAUUUCACAGUUCGUAUUUUACAUACAAACAUGAGACUACAAUCAUCUGACAUAACAACUCAAAAUUCAAUGUCCACAUCAACUUUUGCAAGAUGGUUGCUAGCUAUUGGAGACAGAAUCAUAGGUAUACCAGACAAAGACGACCCAUGUGAUUAA